AAUCAAUGGCAAUAUUUGCCUGUUAUUUUGCUCAUCAAAGUUUAUAACUCAUUAUAUUAUUAUUAUCAUUUUUGUUUGGAAAAUUAAAAUAUUAAAUUCUCUUUUCGUGCUUAGAAUUAAUUAAUUCAAUGGAAACCAAAAAUUCUUCGAUCUCAUCUGUGAUAAAAAAUGACAACGAUAACAAAGAAGAAUCAAAUAAAUCGAUUGCCGACAAUGCCGUUAUCGAUGGGGCCAUAAAUAAAUCAUCAUCAUCAUUGACCGAUCAGCAACAAUCAUCCAACAAUCGUCUUAAAUAUGGUCGUGUUGUCAUCUUGUUAGAGAAUCCAAUAUUACCGAAAGAAACAAUAUUGAAUACUCCUUCGAAAGCUGAUAAUCUUGAUCCUGAUAUUGAAAAUGAUCUUCGCAUUACAGGAUGUAAACUCAUACAAAUAUCGGGAAUUUUAUUACGCUUACCGCAGGUCGCAAUGGCUACUGGCCAGGUUUUAUUUCAACGAUUUUAUUAUUCAAAAUCAUUCGUACGACAACCAAUGGAGAUAACAGCCAUGGCAUGUGUAGUACUUGCAUCAAAAGUUGAAGAAGCACCACGACGUAUACGAGAUGUAAUAAAUGUUUUUCAUAAUAUGAAACAGAUUAGAUUGAAGCAACAAACAGUGCCAAUCAUAUUGGAUGAAAAUUAUAUUUAUCUCAAAAAUCAAGUCAUAAAAGCUGAACGAAGAAUUCUAAAAGAAUUGGGAUUCUGUGUUCAUGUAAAACAUCCUCAUAAAUUUAUCGUUGCUGUUGCUCAGAUAUUGAAAAAUGAAAGCAAUGUUGAUUUGAUACAAACUGCAUGGAGCUAUAUGAAUGAUAGUUUACAAACAAAUGUUUUUGUUCGUUAUCCUCCAGAAUCAAUAGCUUGUGCAUGUAUUCAUUUGAGUUCAAGAAUUUUAAAAGUAUCAUUACCCAGUCAACCAUUGUGGUAUGAAAUGUUCAAUGUAGAUUCCGAAAGUAUCGACGAUAUUUGCAAAUCCAUUCUGAUGUUAUAUACUCGAAAACCAUUGGACCAAGAAGAUUUGGAGACAAAAGUAGAACAAGCUCGGCUAAAACUAGAAGCAGAAAAAGUUAAAGCACGAGCUCUAGCUCAACGUAAUAAUCUAUUGUCCACAGAAGCUAUCAAUUCACCUGUAUUGAUAGAUUCACGUUCAAAUUCUCCAUCGGUUGUGGCAACUGAUAUCAUUGCUAGUAAAAUCAAAAAUAAUGCGUCAAUUGAUGUGAAUGAUAAAAAUCCUGAUGUCAGAUCUCAGAUUUUGAAUAAGCCUAUGAUAAUUGACGGUGACGAAAAAAUAUUGAAAAGCAUCCGUAAUGAUGAUAAUAUAAUGGAAAUUUCCACACAAGAUUCAAUUAGUGGUGGCAAUCAUGUUAAUCAACAGCAAGAUAAUGUUGGAAGUGAACACAGUUCCAUUAGCUCAUCAUCAUCAUUUAAAUUGCAAAAAUCUCCCAUCAAAUCAAGCAAAGAAGAAACAUCGAAAUCAUCGAAAAGAUUAGAUUAUGAUUAUAAUCAUUCAUCGUCAUUCGAUAAUGAUCAUUACAAAUCUACAGCUUAUCGUUCCAAAAAGAAUGGCCAUUCCAUAUGUAGUUCAGAACAAGAUGAUUAUUAUUCCAACAGUCGUGAUGAUCAUGUAAAACUAAGAAAUGAGCAGAAAGAAUACCGUAACGAUAGAUCACCACUUGUACCUCGUUCAUUUAUUUCCUCCAAAAUCGUCAGUAGUAAUAGUAAUAGACGCGAUCAUAGAAAUCGUUAUUAUCAAGAAGAUUCUCGUUCACGAUCUAGAUCUCCCAUUUCAACUUCAUCCUCAUAUUGUGAUAAUCAAUAUUCAUCAUCUCGUAAUUACUAUUAUGAUCGUCGAAAUGAUGCAAGUCGAUCAUCAACAACAGGAAAAAAUCGUUCAAAUGAUGGCGAUCGACGAUAUAAAGAUGAUCCGAGAAGUACAUCAUCGAAUCAUCACCAUCAUCAAAGACACCAUAAUUAUCAUGAAAGUCCCGAUCAAUCAUCAUAUUCAUCACGUUAUUACCAUAAAUCAUCAUAUAGCGGAAAAUAUUGAGUUUUUUUUA